GAAACGUGUUUUUUCGAUGCAUAAUGCUUUUUUAUUUCCGCAAAGGCAAGAACGCGACACAAACUCGAAAAAAAAUAUGUGCCGUAUACAGGGAAGAUGCCGUAAGUGAUCGCAUGUGCCAGAAGUGGUUUGCAAAAUUUCGUUCAGGAGAAAUGAAUAUUGAAGAUGCUCCUCGCUCUGGCCGGCCAGUCACCACCGAUGUCGACCAAAUUACAGCUUUAAUCGAUUCCGAUCGGCAAAUCACAGUUCGGAAAAUCGCAGCAAGGUUAAACAUUGGCAAAUCAGUUGUUUCCGAACAUUUAAACAAGCUCCAGAUUAUAAAAAAGCUUGAUGUUUGGGUACCGCACGACUUAACUGAAAAAAAUCGUAUUGAUCGCAUUUCCAUCAGCGAUUUGCUAUACAAACGCAACGAAUACGAUCCAUUUUUGAAGCGUAUCAUAACAGGCGACGAAAAGUGGAUAAUUUAUAAUAAUGUCGAGCGUAAAAGGUCAUGGAGCAAGCGAGGUGAACCGCCAUCGACCACUCCGAAGGCAGGUUUACAUCCAAAGAAGGUAAUGCUCUGCAUUUGGUGGAAUUGGAAAGGGAUAGUGUACUAUGAGCUACUACCGAACAACGAAACCAUCGAUUCGGACAAGUAUUGUUCACAGUUGGAUAAAUUGAAGGUGGAAAUCACCAAAAAGUGUCCGGAAUUGAUCAAUAGGAAAGGCGUCGUUUUUCAUCAUGAUAACGCCAGACCUCAUACAAGUUUACUUGUACGAAAAAAUAUUGCCUCGGCCGGAAAUAAAGGAAUUCAGCUGGUCUGGAUUCCUACUCAUUGUGGCAUUACCGGCAACAAAAGAGCCCUUACUAAACAGGCGGCACUUGAAGGCAUUCUUUUAGAGCAAGCUAUCCCUUACUCUGAUGUCAGUAGCAAAUAUAAAGCUAAGCGUAGCGAAGAAUAA